AGUCCAACCACCCUUGAUUGACACAUCCAUGCACACAACGAGACGAAAUGCGUCCCAGCCAACACAUGCACGCACACGACGAGACUGCGGUCUCCAACGCACACCGACACAUUGAAUGGCGUGUCAAACACGCCCACACAAUCUGAUGUACAGUCGGUGGACACGCAGACUGACAAAUACGCCACUGUGGUGCACCUAUGCAGUGCCCAUGGCAGACAAAGAGACAGUCAUCAACUGCACACACUCACACACACAGGGAGAAAGAAAAUGACGCCGUCAGAGGAAUCACCACAAUGUGUCUCUUCCACUUGCGUACCUUCCAACAGGCGACAGGCGCGUAUGUCUUCAGCCAUACGUAUCGCAGAUAAUGCGAUCACAGAAAAUAAGAAAAAUCCCUCCAUUGACGAGAGAAAAAAUGGGGACAUGACUGUCGAAUGUGGUCUUGCCCACUUCCCCUUUCGUCACUUUCACGAUGAUAUCUCGCCGUCUUCCGUCUGCCCAGCAGGCGUCGGUCUCUGUCGCUCACCCGGGAUAAAACAGAGGGUCAGAACAGGGCAUAGCUGCUCAAGUCUGUGGGUCUUGCCAUCGUCGGUGGGGGCCUCGACAAAGAGGGGAAUCGUCCGCACAAUAAAGCCCCUAGGCCUGUCAAAAGCCUCUACUUUGCGCUCGACAUCAGCAAGCGAGCAGCUGAGAUUGAACCCGUCUGGCGACUGGAGCCGCAAAGCGGGAUCAACGCCGUUUGGUGUCUGCACUUGGGCGACAGAGCUUGAUGGACGGAGACACAUACGGAACGGGAGCACACGGCAAAAGGACAGUGCUGAUGUUCUCGCCAUUUAUGCGAUAUCUUACCUCAAUUGGAAAUCGUCGUCCGGCUUGAGGACAGUUUGAUUGGCCUCCAGGACAAAUGGCUGUCGGGGGAGACAUUGGAUCUGCAUGCCUGAUCGACCGAAAGGCACCCUUGCGUGUGAGCACGUAACGGAUUACAACGUGUCGUACCUUUCUCAAUAUCACAUACUUCGCCCAACUUGCCACCUAUUCUCGACCAAAAGUCUCCGCCGCGGCCUCGCCUCCCCGCAAACAUUCGAACCUCGCUGUUGACAAGCAUGGUGUCGUCCUCGGGUCCCGAAUUGCCAAUCGACAGAAAGGGAAUGUUGAAUGAAGCAUCAUUGGUUUCAUCCUCCGGAGGUCCAUACUUCCGGUGGGUCAGUCUCGCUGGGGGCUGCAAGCAGCUCUGAGGGGUAUCGUCAGGGGCAGAAACAACGUCGUACUGCAUAGAGCCGAACGAGGCACUUGACGUCCAGACCUGCAUAAAACAGUCACUAGACAUGCCCUCCUUGCUAAUGUAUACGUGUGGCAGUAUUACUAGUUCAGGCAGGAUCGUGUCAUCGACUCCAGCUUCGAAAACGUCCCUAAUCGUGAGGAGAUACGUCCGACUCGAAACCGGACCAAGGGGCUCUUCUCCCUGAGGCUCAAAACCCAAGACGCCAGCAAGAGUGCCUGUGUGAAGCGACACAAGCCGGACACAGAGAGGCGUACACGUACUUCUCUGAAUGCGUCAAAGCGUACCUUCAACGAACAUCAAAACCCCUUCGCAGUCUGGGGGCCAAACCUGGCGCACCGUCCCCUUAAAGUCAACAUUGGCGAAGCCAAUUUCGGGCUCCUCGUCAAGGCGUCCAUCGAGAGAGAGCGGGAUCUGUCCAUCCAGAGCCUCGACGUCGUAUCUGAUCCGCACUUGCAGGCCAGCCCCUUCCUCGUCCGGGUCGCAGCUGAAAAGGGCCCGAAAGUCCUCUGCACCUGGAGUGUUUUCUGUCUCGAGGCAGUAACUGACAUCUGUGCCAUUGACAUUUUCCGCAGGAGGGUCAGUCAGGAAAUAGCUCGAUGGCUGGGCGGUCAAUGGGGCGGUUAAGUUGACCUCAGGACAUGCCUCAACUGACACAAAGCAAGAGAGACGAGGAAGCACGAACAUGAUGACACACCCAACGCGCCAGUGACUGAGCUGUGACUUAUUCUGAUUGCUUACAGCAUUCAAAGCCAAUCACACAGCGAUUAGGCAGAAAAUCCCCGUCCCCCAUGGCAAAAUCUCUGAGCCUCUCCCUGUACCUCUCGGUGCAGCUCUUGUUUGUUGGAUCAUUAGCAGUCGAGAAGAUCUCGACAGAAGCGUUGAUCCGCUGCUCAGAGCCUGUCGUUAUCCCCUUGCAAGUAUGAUUUCCAUCGGGAACGAUGAAAACACACGUGUCAUCACCAAGGAGUCCUUCGUUGGGAGCAAGAGCAACACUAACAACCUCGCCAAAUGAGGUGGCAUUAACGAGGGGUCGAGCAUAUAGGCCGUCAUCUUCAGGUUCUAAGUCGACGGGGAGGUUUGGGAGCCUCAGUCCUCGGCAAUUGGCCAAGACUGCAAACACACGCAUCAAUUGCAAAACGACCAGCCAUCUCCAUCUUCACCCCUCAGCCAAGAGAACUCAAGAAAGAAACACACAUGCUUGUCACGCCACUGAGCGACUGCCUGGUGCCCGUACCUUCUCUUCCAUCGAUCAGAUUUCCCAGCUGGCCCUUCACACAGCGGCAGCACACAGACAGACACGUGUGUGUGGUGUGGCUCGAGAAUGACUGAAGUACCUUCAGAAUCAAAUCAAGCGACACGCCUGUCUCCGCGUUGAAGAGGUCGAACGAUCGAGCAUCAGACGCAUUUGUACACAGAAUGGACACACGGACUUGAGGGAACCUGACGGGCAAGUCUAACUCGUCCAAACACGAAAAGUCGUUUUCCGUGAUGACAAAGAAUCUGUCUCCGAUUGCGGCGCUGCUGAAGGAUAGGUCUGGCGACAGAGAUUCUGGCUUGUAAAGGGGGGAGAAGAUGGUCGGCAGGAGCUCUCCUUCGAGGGUACGGCUGAAAUCCUCGCGAAGAAUAAAAAAUGACGGAGCUUGUUCUGAACGGACGCCAGUAACAUUGUCGUCACUCAUAUUCAUCUCGUUCACACAUAUCUCACUGCACUCCCGGAAUGCAUCUCGAUUAUCGAUAGCGAACUGACUGGCCUCCAGGGGGUUCUGACGAUGUGAAGGGAAGCGAGACAUACACGUGUAUAUGAGCUUCCCUUAUCUAACAGUGCACUGACCUUUCGGAAAAUUUCGUCAGAUGCCGUGUUUCUUGCAUAUCCUGAGGCAGCCAGUGCAAGGAUGCCGCCCGCCGCGGUCUCGCCAGAUGUCACUGAGAACGCUCGCUGGUUGAGCAGGACAUCACAAUCACCAGGCACGUCAUCGGGGAAUGUCAGGAGGCCGAGACUCGUGUUGGCCGCGGGCGAGAGAAUGCCGACAGCCCGUGCAGUGACAAGAUCGUCCUGUGUCUCGUUGCCGAUGAUGAGAAUCCGCUGGGUCUGGUUGUACUCGAACUGCUGGGCAAUAAGAGACUCCGAUUCGUCCACAAAGCCCGUCAAGGUGACUUCGAUCUGCGCCUCAAUUUCUUCGCAUGCCGGGUUGCUGGCCUUCUCGACUUGCAGCACGCCUUGGAUGGUGGCGACGGCCGGUAUCAGUUCGUUGCCAGUGCGAUUCGAGCACAGGCCGGUAUCGGGGCAGGUGAACUGGAGGGUCACGCUGACGCCCUCUGUCGUGUUGCACGAGAGGUCUAGGAAGAAGUCAUCGAGCCCAUUGCUGUCGUUCUUCUUGCCCUGAAUCCUCAUGCAGCUCGACACAUUGCCAGUGCCCACGUUCUCGAUGGUCUGCAAAUAGGCGUCAGAGGGCACGUCUUCGAACAGGUAAGUGCCGGGCACCAGCUGGGCGAACGUCGAUUCUUGCGGCACGGGAGGCGGGUCGUUUGGCUUGACGCUCUGCUCUCGUGGGUUGGGCCCAAUGUCUUCCCUUCUCUCGACGACGGGCAGGCUGCCCGCACAGUCGAAGGGCACAGCGAAGCGGUUGACGGCAUUGAAGCACGGAUCCAGCUCGGCCGGGAAACACAGGGACGAUGGCUGGCCGCUGGCGACGCCCCUGACGAGGCUGACAUCGCCGCGCGAGAAGUUGGCCACCUCACCGAACAGACCAAUGCUCUCCUCGAUGCAGUAGCAGAAGCGGGAGUCGCUCGUGCGGGCACAGAUGGGCUUGUCCGACGGACAACUGACAGUCAGGCACACACGGAAGAAUGAUGGUGCCAUCACAUGAGACGAGCAGUCCGUACCUUCCCAGUGCCGCAGUGCCGAGGGCCGCCGCCGUGAUGUUGCCAUCUUCCACGACACUGGGCUCUCCACAGAUAAUGGACUGAUUCUCUCCUGAUGCGCUCACGUCGCCGGCGGUCUCCUCAUCGGUGGUCAGGGCAUCUGUCUGUUGCUUCUUGAGCUCUUCCUGGGCGUUAUCCUCAUAGAAGCACUGGCCGAAGUUGCCGAGGUCGGGGUCGUCGACGAUGGGCAGCAGCUCAUUGGCCGCACAACUCGAAUACAUGAUCUCAUCACCAUCUUCGCCAGGGAUCACGACUGAAGAAGCGAAAGCCAUUCACAACAGCUUGUUGUUCACGUGCCUCUGUUGUGCUUACUUGGCUGGCAGUCUGCGUUUGUUUCGGUCGGCCGUUCGUCGUCGUCUGUUCUGUUGUUGUUGCUCAGACAGGCCGUCGUGAACUGAGCCACAGUACCCCUCCUCGCCCAUUGACUCAGCAGAACGGAAAGCAACGCCACAAGACGGAGGGCUCGCCGCAU